AUGAAAUUACACCCUAGCCAAUAUAGUUAUAUUAAAAGGGCGAAUGAGCUAGAGGAAAUAUCGCCCGCUUCAUCGUUUUACUGCCUCAACUAUGUAAUAGACAAGGUAUCCCAGGUUUACCAAGAUAACAAAAGCGAUCUUGAAGUUAAGAACACCUUGAUACAGCUUCUGGACAGGGCUGAGACGCUGAAGGAGGCCCGUGGUCCAUUCGAGCUCUCACAGUUCGUGGAAUUCGCGUCAUGCCUCUUGGAUGCAGCUGAAGCCGACAAUGACCCUCAGUCCGCUUUCAACCGAUUUUUUGUCGCUGGCAAACUGUUCGACGUCGUAGUACACUUCAGCGGCGAUUCUAAACACAAGGAGCUACGGCGAUACGCCCAGUUCAGGGCCCUUCAGGAGAAGAGGCAAAUCUCGGGAGACGAAUCAUCGACAUCGCAACAGACAAUCGAGGAAGCGUCCGAAAGCGCGGGCGUGUCAAGCGCUCAGCAUCAACAUACAAAUGCAAUCCGAGAGACAAGGUCAGAAACAGAAGAGUUGAAAGCGCCUGAGCACACGCCGGCGGCAGAGGCAUAUGACCUUCAAAUGGCAGAGAACGCGAUGAAGUCUGCGCGAUUAGCCGUUUCAGGUAGGCGCACAUAA